AUGCCUUCGCUAUCCAAACUUCGACCAACCUUCCGUCGGACGGCCACCGAGGAUGUAACUGUUGCCCCAGAGUCUAUUGAAGUUACAGAGCAGCCCAAGCAUGACGAAGUCGAAGCCCAGGUCGAACCGGACGACAUCGCUGAAUGGAAGGCUCAGCAGCCAAACGAAGAUGCCCAGCGUGGUGUUCGCAUGGUCGAGGGCAUCACCCUUACCUGGUCGAAGGGAUCCCUCAUCUGGAUCUUCAUCAAUAUGUGGCUCUUGUACUUCGUCAAUGGUUUCCAGUCAUCGAUUCUCAGCAACCUCACCCCGUACGUCACGAGCGAGUGGGAAGAACACUCCCUUCUGACCGUCAUCUCCAUCAUUUCAUCAUGUAUGAGUGCAGCAACGUAUAUCCCCAUGGCUAAGAUCUUGGAUAUCUGGGGCCGUGCAGAGGGCUUUGCGCUGAUGAUCGGUUUCGCAACGCUCGGCCUCGUCUUGAUGGCUUGUGCAAGCACUCUUGCUAUCUUCUGUGCGGCGCAAGUUUUCUACUCCAUUGGUUUCGCCGGUGUCAUCUACUCCAUCGAUGUCAUCACCAGUGACGCCUCGCAUCUCCGCAAUCGAGGUCUGGCUUUCGCUUUUACGAGCUCUCCUUAUAUCAUCAUCGCAUUCGCUGGACCAAAGGCAAGCGAAGGCUUCUACGAAAACAUCGGGUGGCGCUGGGGCUUCGGAGCUUUCUCGAUCAUCUUGCCCUGCGUUGCGCUGCCUAUGUUCAUCGUACUCAAGUUGAACCUGCGCAAAGCGAAGAGGGAGGGUCGAGUCAUCAAGCGCGAGACACAGAGGACAAUGCUGCAGAGCAUCUGGCACUACACUAAGGAGCUCGACGCACUUGGCUGCUUCCUAUUCGUCGCUGGCCUCGUCGUCUUUUUGCUACCCUUUUCUCUUGCCGACUCAGCGCCCAACGGCUGGUCCAGCGGCUACAUCAUUGCUAUGAUUGUUGUCGGAUUCAUCAUCCUGAUCAUGUUUGGCUGCUGGGAGGCGUUCCUCGCACCUUACCCGUUCUUGACCGCCAAUCUCCUGAUGAAUCGAACUGUCGCAGGCGCAUGCCUCCUUUCCUUCAACUACCAGAUUGCGUACUACUGCUGGGCUUCCUACUUCAGCUCCUUCCUGCAGGUUGUCAAUGACCUUUCCAUCAGUGAAGCAGGUUACGUGACGUCCACUUUCGACGUGGUGUCCGGCGUACUGCUGCUCGGGGUCGGAUUCCUCAUCCGCAGGUUCGGCUACUUCAAGUACCUUCUUUGGAUCGGUGUCCCGCUCUACAUCUUCGCGCAAGGCUUGAUGAUCUACUUCCGACGCCCUAAUUCCUAUAUUGGAUAUCUGGUCAUGUGCCAGAUAUUCAUCUCAGUCGGCGGCAGCGUCAUGAUCAUCUGUCAACAACUCGCCGUCCUCGCAGCCGCAGAUCACCAGCACGUUGCCGCCGUCCUUGCGCUCCUGAACGUCAUCGGGACCAUCGGUGGAGCUGUGGGUAACACCAUCUCAGGCGCUAUCUGGACGAACACAUUCAGCCAGGCUCUGACUCGCUAUCUGCCCGAGGAUGCGCAGGCUAGUCUUGAGGAUAUCUACGGCAGUCUUGAUGUACAGCUCAGCUAUGCAUGGGGUUCGCCCGCUAGAAUUGGGAUUCAGCAGGCGUACGGAUACUCUCAGCAGAAGAUGCUGAUCGCUGGUACGGCGAUCAUGAGCUUGUCGUUGGUGUGGGUGUUCAUGAUCCGGAACAUCAACGUUAAGAACAUCGAACAAGUCAAGGGUGUGCUUUUCUAG